GACCUUCAUGACACUGAUUAUGACAUACAAUAUUCUACUCUUCUUUCAUAAGAUAGAUAAGCAACAUUGCGGAGCGACUUGUCUAUCUUAUCUUCAAAUUCGUGCAAUAUUUCCAAUAUGGCAGACACCUGGAAGAGCAUUAUCGGUGUGGUGCUGUUAGCUGUGACGUGUUAUGCCUGUGACGACAUGGACACAGCGGUGUGUCAACGCCUGAUUGCCGCCAAACCGGACAUGUGUAAUGACACCUGUUACUCCUCGAUAUGCAAGCGCUUCUGUGGACAAUGUCCUCUCAAAUGCUAUAGCUGUACCGAUAUAGAAUCCUCACAAAAAUGUAACGCCACCAUUGAGUGCCAGGGCAAAGAUUAUCAAUGCAUAUCUGCCGCGUCUUUCACGAAUGAUUUCCGAGAGGUCUACAAACUUGGGUGUGCCCCUUCCACAGUGUGCUCCCACUACGGGAGGCGGUCGAUUAACAAAAGAGCAGGGACAUCUUGUUGCAACACAGACCUGUGUAACCAUGGCAGCGGCAACAAACGAAAUACAAAACCUAAGGCUCCAGAAAUGGUAAAACGACAGGUUACCUCCCCUGCGUGUGACGACACAGACAGUCUGGCGUGUACCCUGCUUUUCACUAUAAACACUCACAUGUGUGCAGAUGAUUGUAUAGCUAACACUAUAUGUCCUAGACUGUGUGGAAAAUGCAGCAAAUGCUAUGAGUGUGAGCACGUAACAUCUACAGAGAAUUGUACUCAGUCACGUGUUUGUGAUCCAGGGGAGGUCUGUUUCACUCUCGAGACAGUGAACUUUCACCUCGAACAUGGUUACCGGCUUGGAUGCGUACAACAAAAGGUCUGUGAUAAUUUACACGUUCAAGCCAGCUCUAUUUUUGGACGACGGUCAAGCGGAAACCCUGAACUUUCGCUGACUGGGGGUUGUUGUCAUGGGGAUUUAUGUAACCAUCAUCAUAUACUUCCGGAAACCACUACGCAACUCACGGUUACCACCACGGAUCGUCCAACUACGACAACUCAAAGAGUUUGUCAUUACUAUGCUAACGGAUGUACAUUUGCUGAUGGAAUAACUUACCAUGGGCAUUGUUACCAUGUCGAAAAUAGAAAUAUGACUUGGAUCCAAGCUAAGCAUUUCUGUGAGUCACGAUGCGCACACCUUGCCACUUUUCCGGAUCUCAGAGAAAUGGAUCACGUUCUAACGAAUCUAGUGCGUCAUCACGUUGUGUACGGGCGUUAUGGCAGAAGCGAGCUUUACUUGGAUGCCAUCGACCCGGGCCACAAUAACCAUUGGAUAUGGGAGUCCAAUCUACAAACUGUUCCCAGUACUAUGUUCCACAGUAUCAGCUCUCAUCAGCUUAACUACUGUUCGGUUACCACCUCAGCGUUAGGGAAACUAGUAGCGGUCAACUGUGCCUCCAGUUAUCUCCCACUCUGCCAGCAUACAAGUCGCGAUGACUAACAAGUCUUCCUGUUCUUCAAUGAUAUAGCAAUGUUUUUGUACAAGUGCACAUACUGUUUGUCAAAUAUUGAAAAUAAAGUAUUUUGAGAAAUUGUUCGGAAA